AUAAAAAUGAACAAAAAUAAAACACUCAAUCAAUUAAAUGGCGACUAAACAGAAAGAAAAGUACAGUAAUGCCAUUGAGAAGCAAUUUUUGAGAGCGUCAGCAGUUGGAAUGAACGCCCCGGGAUAUUUGGGUAUAAACAGAGACAUAUCAGUUAAACAUUUGUGUCGGAGCUUUGGCGAUUUGACGUCAUUAAACAGUGAAGACAACAACAGUAAUCAUUUUCAACAAGUAUACCGAACAAAAUCUGUCUGUGAUUUGAGAAAAUUGGAGCAAUUGCCCAUUUAUACGGGAGUCUCAGUUCGGAAUUUGAGGGAUAGUUAUUGUAAUUUAAUUGGACUAACUACUACUACUGACUCCAAUAACACUCAACAUCAUCAUAAUCAACAAAAUCAACACGAGCAACCUCAUUCACUAAUGUUGCCUAAACGAUCUAACAAUAUCAUUAACAGCCCGCAUAAAAUCAAAGCGAUAAAGUUAAACAUUAAACAGUUUGAUAUGAAAUCAAGUUUCAGUAAAUUCGAUGCAUUGCAAAAGAAAAAUAUGCAAAAUUUACAGAACGGAAAAGGCGAAGCGAAUGGCCAAAGUUCUGAUCAAGAAAAGAAAUGCCAUGCAUGUGGCAAGGUCGUCUUUCAAAUGGAACAAGUCAAAGCGGAAAAGAAGUUUUGGCACAAAAAUUGCUUCCGUUGCUCUGUGUGCGAUAAAAAUUUAAAUGUUGAUACCUAUCAGAGUCAUGAAGGCGUGCUGUAUUGUAAGCCUCACUUUAAGUCAUUGUUUGCGCCAAAAGCUGUUGAAGAAAGCGACGAACCGGUAAAGCCCCGCAAGCUUGAGAUGAUUAUACGCGAGAGUCAACCAAUAGAACUUCCACCAGACGUUGUCAGAUCAUCGGAUAAAUCUGAUUUGGGAUUAGAAGAACUUCAACAACUUAAUGUUCGACAAAGAUUUCAAGUAUUUGAAAAUUAUCAAGAAGCCAAAGUUGAAUUGGAUAAAAAUUCCGCCGCUAAUGUCAAACGCAGUACAUCGAUUCUUUCAAAAUUGGCGCGUUUCCAAGCCAAAGGAAUGAAUGUGGGAGCUGAUGAUAGUCUCAAUGGCGUUUCUUACGAAAAUUCGUCAUCUGAAGAAGAGGAAGAAGAAAAUGAUGACGAUGAAAAUCAGGAAGACAUUGAGUUGAUUCGAGCGAAAAGAGCUCAAAAAGAAAAGCCUAUGUCGUUUAAAGAAAUGCACGACAUCAAAUCGAAGUUUGAAAGUGGGCAAUUAAUGUCAAAAGAAGGACGACGUGAAGAACGAAAACAAGAGCUUCAAAAUAUACGAUCACGUUUGUUCAUGGGCAAACAAGCGAAAAUCAAAGAGAUGUAUCAGCAGGCAGUUGCUGAUAGCGAGCAAACGAUUACUGCGUCAAGUAGAAUGACCGCCGAUAUUGAUAUCAGUGAUAAAGCGAAAUUAAUGAAAGAGAAAUUUGAAAAAGGAGACGCAUUUGAUGGUGAAAGCAAGAGAACGAUGAAUGAUGAAGAUUUGUCAGUGUUUGAGCAAGGCAUAGGUAAACAGUCACGCUCAUUGUUUUUGGAACUUGACGCUACCGCUUCGAAAUCUCCUAUCCAACAAUCGCCCUCUUCAGCCACCCUCAACCGAAUGACACCGCGUCAAACUUCUCAGACUGUGGUAUCAUCUGACGAUAUUGUUCGUUCUGAUUCGAAAGUAGAUGAUGUGCAAAUUGAAACAGCUGACAUUGUAUCGAAAUUCAAAUUCUUCGAGACAUAUAAGCCAUCGGAGAAAGAGAAGAAACAGUUUAGAAUCACGCCACCAAGGGAUGGUGUCACUAAGUUACCAUCACCAGAGUCUAACGAUAAUCACGAUACCAACACAAGAACAGAACAAGAUGAAAUCUUGGAAUUGGCACAGAAGAGUAACACAGCAUCAAAGAUGUUAUCGAAAUUCCGUCAAUUGGAGGGACAAAAAGAAGAGCGGCCGAUGGGUCCAAAACCAUUGAAGCGCUUCACACCGCCACCUGAUAGUGAACGACGAAUUACUCCCAAUGAAGAUUCUGGACCUGAAUACAGUGAUUCUGAAGAUGAAGACGACGAGGAGUGUGAGGAAGAAGAAGACGAAGAGCAAGAUGAUGAUCCCAACUACGUUAAAUCGUCUUACAAAAAUGACGAUGAAUUCUUGAAAGCCGCACAGUCCGCAGAACGUGCCAAGCAGUUGCGUGAAAAGUUUGAAAAGUGGGAGAAAAAUGAAAUUAAAAAGGAAAUGAAUAAUAGUUCGGUCAAUUUAUUCGAGCCCACCGCUGACGACGGUCAAAUGGAGACAGCUAAGAGUUUACGAGCACGUUUCGAGCAGAUGCAACAAGAAGAGCCAAAAUUACCAAAUACUCGGAUCAAAGUUAAUCGCUUUGUGAUUAAGGAUAAAGCCGAUGGAUGCUGGGGAGAAGAAGAUCAACUGACCUUAGAAUAA